AUGACUAGGGGAGCGGUGGCCAAGUGUACUUCAAGUUCAAGUCGUGUGGCCCUAGUACUAGUCCUGGGCCUUCUACUCGGCUUCGUACAAACAUGCGGUGCUACCGGUACAGAGGUGUUUGGUGAUGAGGGACAGUAUGUGGACCUGUCCUGUGAUCCAGCCUACGAUGACUCCAGGACCCUCUUCUGGCAAAUUGUGCAGAGUGGCACAGGAACAGCCAUCAUCAUACUCAUCAAAGAGCCAGGGAAAGAAAUAGAGAUCCUUGAGGAUCGGUAUGCUGGCCGACUGUCCCUCCACAAUGGCAACAACCUCAGGAUCUUCAACCUGAACAGAGACGAUGAUUCUGUCGACUCGACCGACCCGGACUUUGUCGGUAGCUACAGGUGCAGCCAGGGAGCAGGACUGGUGGGAGAACAACUCAUUCUGCGAGUCAGACGGGAGGAGGUCACUGUAAGGUCUACGUUACCUACUGCAAACACCCCCUACCAGAUCUGUGUGGUAGCGCAGAAUCGCGUGAACAGCAGCCGAUGUGAGAAUGCCUACAUCCAAGCUACAACUGACAAAAAAACCCAAGAGUGUGGCCAGCAGUCCACCACAUCUCUUACAAACCCUGCAGACUCAGACAAACCACAAGUGUGCAGGCUUGUUAAGAACUAUGUGCUCACUACAACUGACAGUGUUGCCUCCUUCAAUGCGACCAUUCGGCUGCCCAGUGAACCCUACAAGUCUCCUGACCCAAACAACAGGGAGAACCAAGAACUGGUCAGCCGCAUUGUCAACUCUAUCAACACUGCCCUAAAGCCUACCCACCCUGACCUGGAGGUUGAAGUCAUUCAGUUUAGGGAGGGCAGUGUUCUGGCUGACUUGAAGAUGUCUGUGGGACAGAGAGAGGUUCAGCAUGUGAAGGAUGACUUUGUGUCGGACGUAAGAUCUGAAAGACUGACAGGCAUCGAUGUGGACAAGAACUUUGUCUUAAUAGACAAUGAAAUUCCUCCAGUUGCACAGGAUGACACAAGUCCCCAAGGCAACUCAGACCUCCUUGCCAAAGUGCUUCUACCGAUUGCAUCACUUGCGGUGAUUACCAUCAUUGCUGGGGUGGCUGCUUACUUGCUGUGUCAGAGGACUGCCUACUUUGAAGGUGCUAAAGACACCAUGGAGAUGGCAAUUGCUAUGGCUUUGCAGGCAUUGCAAGAACUAACAAAGGAUGACGCCAAGCUGUCCAUUCUACUCCCAACUCCACCUGCAACAGAGAAGCCCAUCUCCAACGUCAGGCUACCAGAUGUCGGCUUUCACGAGAGUGCUGACUGUAAGAGCAUUGUAGCUAAGGCAAAGGAAUCCCCUUCCUUAGUAGUAAGUGGUCCCACGGGUAGUGGUAAAACACAGGGGGUUCUGGCAUAUGCUCAGGAGUUUGCAAAGAAAAACAUGAAUUCGGUCAUGUGGUUCUUUGGUCGAUCAGAGAAUGAGGAAAAGGGCCUUACGAAGGAAACUGUUUUAGAGCAAGGUAGGGAUCUAGCCAACAAGCUUGGGGAGGGCAACCUUACACCAGAAGAGUUGCCUAACAAAGUCAUGGAGUCUCUGCAAAAUCGCCAGGGCAAAAGCCUGAUGAUUUUUGAUGACGUCACUGCUACAAGUGGCAUCCCUGCUGCCUAUCUGGCAAUGAACGAGAAAGUCGCUGUGUUCAUCGUUACACGAAGCGCCAACCUUGACCUAAACCUUCCCGAGCACAAGAUGGAGGGCUUUGCUGAUGAAGAUGUGCUGGAGUACUUCAAGAGUCACAAGAAGUCUGUAGAAAUCUUCAAGGAAACAUCUGACGAAGACCUCCUGAGGCUUGGCAUCCAUUUUGGCAACCUCCCACAUGGACUGACCCUGGCAAGAAGCUACCUGCUGUCAUCAAGGACUUUGGUGAAAGGCUACCUUCGCCAGCUAGAGGAGAGGUCCAAGGGUGUUCCUAGUGAGCUUAAAGAGCACGAGAAGGCAGUGUAUGGCGCCAUCCUGACAUCCACGGAGGACAGAAUGUCAAGAUCAUCCCAAGAUAUGCUGAAGUUCCCUGCCAUUCUGUCCCAGGACCGAAUUCCUGUCUUUAUCCUCAGCAAGGCUCUUGAGAUAGCUUCUGGCGAGACCCCAAACAAAGAUGAAUUCAUCAGAGAGGUGGAAGAGCUGUCCCUCGCUCGCGUUGAAGGGAGGCAGGAAGAAUGGAUCGACGGACGGAUGAUCAGCGUUCAUCAGCAAACACAGGCAGCCAUCUUGUCUAGCCUAGACGAGCAGCAACUGGACACGAUGACCAAGAGCCUUGUCCAAACCUUCCUCGAGUACUUCCACAAAGAUACCAGGAAGAUCCAAGAUGGCUACAUCAACGGUCUGCUUCUUCCACACGUCGAGGCUGUACUCAAGCUUCCCAACAUCAGUAAGCUUCCUGAGGAAUUCCUCUCAGGUCUGGCUCGACUGUACGAAACCGUCGGCUACAUGUACUGCCAAAAGCGUCUGCCAGAAGUUGCAGCCCCAGCACUAGAGAAGUCCAAGGAAAUGAUCGGUGCACUUGUCCCAUUGGAUACAGACGCUGACAACAUCUACCAGUUGCUUGUGAGGGAGGGAGAAAAGCUGUACGACAAGGAAGAUGUCUACAGCAAGAGCUUGAAGAAAAGGGUUUUGACGACAGGAGAUGUGAAGGUUCUAAAAUCCAAGGUCCCAACACUGAGUGAUGAGUUCAGCACGGCAGCUAAGAUGGGAAAACCCCUAACUGAAGACCAAUACGAAAAGCUAGUGGAGCUACAUUUGGCCUACAACUCUGAGCAGAGCAAGCAAUCGUUCCUGGUUGAGCUGGUAGCUACCGUCCUCUACACCUCUGCCCGCAGAAUCUUCUACUUCCAGGGUGAAGAGAGGGUACGGUACAGGCCGACUGCUGAACAGGACUUGAAUCUGUCUUUGGCGCUCAGCCGCAAGCUCGCAGAAGACCAAGGGUUGCAGAUCUUAAACAAGAUGCUGUCCCGACGAGCGGGCACACUGUACAUUCUGAAAGAAACGGACGGCAAGUCACCCGAGCAACAGAAGAGCGACUUUCUUCAGGCCAUUGCAGGGUAUCAAGAACUCAUCAAUGAUGAAAACGACUACUUUGAGAACGGCGUCCUGAAGAAGAUCGGAGAUGAUGACUUCCACUGGAUGUUCUGCUACAGAGCCAUCGUCGAUUCCUACCGACGUCUUAUCCGCCUGGCCACAACCGACCAAGAGAGGGCUGACUUCAUCCGUCAGCACAACGAAAGCGCAAAGAAGAUGGUAGAGUUUGGAGAGAAGCAACUAAAGACAGACGACAAGGGGAAUGUCAUCGAAGAGCCCGAGAUGCUGCCAGAAGUCUACAACAUGGCUGGAGACUUCCUUGUAGAGAUGCUGGAGAAGGGUUUGGUGAUGGACCAGGGAGCCACAGCUGCAGAAGAUGGAAACCCUUUGGAAGAGGCAGAGAAGUGCUACCACAAGGCGCUAGACGUAAAGUCUAUCAAGUCACACCACGAGGCAGUGUCCCGGCUUGGCUUAGCAAAGGUUUACACCUUGAUGUACGAGGCAGAAAAGUCCAAAGCUGCCCAAAACGGGACUUCAGCAACAAACGGGGACACCAGGAUACCCAUAGAAGGUACAGAAGAGAAGAUCCCAUUGGUCGAAAAGCAGCCAACCCUUGACGAGAUCCACCAUUUGACCAAUGCGAAGGGGGAUAUGAACAAGUGUCUGGAAAUCUACGAGGAGAAACUGAGGAACAGGAUGAAGGACAUCAAAGAAGCAAAGAAGUGGAACGACCGCAUUGUGCGUCACAUUGACAGUCUGCUUACUGAGACAAAAGAACAAGAGACGACUGUUGUUUGAAGCCAAUACUGGACUCUCCUCAAGCAAAUUGAAGCAAGGGUGCUCCCCCCCUCCCCAAAAUUCUAGCACCUCUCCCAAAAUGUUCAAAUUCAGGGUUUUCUCUUAGUAUUUUAAUGAAAAUUCCCUCAUUUUUUCAUCAACCGAUUAUGGAGCACCUCUCCACUAAGACUUUCUGGGGAGACCCCUGGAAU